GGGGGCGGGGUAACACCGGCGUGCCGGAUUACGCACUUCCUCCUGGGGUUCGGAGGCCGAACCCUUUAGUGGCGGGUUCGAGUCCCGCCCCCUGACUCUCGGCUCUAGACCCUGGGUCUGGGGCGGGGUACAUUCGGCCGGGUUACUUCUCCUCGCUGAGGGGCAACGGCACACCUCCGGCUUUACCAUGGAAGACUACCUGCAGAACUGUCGAGCCGCUUUGCAGGAGUCCAGGCCUCUACAUGUUGUGCUGGGAAAUGAAGCCUGUGACUUAGACUCCAUGGUGUCUGCUCUUGCCCUGGCCUUCUACCUAACAAAGACAUCUGAAGCAGAAGACAUCUUUAUACCAGUUUUAAAUAUAAAGCGUUCUGAGCUUCCUCUACGAGGGGACAAUGUCUUCUUCCUCCAGGAGGUUAAGAUUCCAGAGCCAGCGCUGAUCUUCCGGGAUGAGAUUGACCUCCUUGCAUUGCACCAGGCUGGCCAGCUCACCCUCAUCCUUGUUGACCACCAUAUUUUACCCAAAAGAGACGCAGCUCUGGAGGAGGCAGUGGCAGAGGUGCUGGACCACCGACCAAUUGAGCAGAAAUACUGUCCUCCCUGUCACGUUUCAGUUGAGCUGGUGGGGUCCUGUGCUACCCUGGUGACAGAGAGAAUCCUGCAGGGGGCACCAGAGACCUUGGACAGACAAACUGCAGCCCUACUGCAUGGAACCAUCAUCCUGGACUGUGUCAACAUGGAUGCCAGAGUUGGAAAGGCGACCCUAAAGGACACUAAGUAUGUGGAAAAACUGGAGGCUCUCUUCCCAGACCUGCCCAAGAGAAAGGACAUCUUUGAUUCUCUUCAAAAGGCAAAGUUUGACGUCUCAGGACUGACCACUGAGCAGAUGCUCAGAAAGGACCAGAAGACAAUCUACAGACAAGGCACCAAGGUGGCAAUCAGUGCAGUCUACAUGGAUUUGGAGGCCUUUCUGCAGCGGUCAAACCUCCUCACCGAUCUCGGUGCUUUCUGCCAUGAUCACAGCUAUGACGCCCUGGUUGCCAUGACUAUCUUUUUCAACACUCACAAUGAGCCAGUACGGCAAUUAGCUAUCUUCUGUCCCCAUGAGGCACUUCGAAUGACAAUCUGUGGAGUCCUGGAGCAGUCCACCUCCCCACCCCUGAAGCUGACACCUAUCCCAAGCGUCUCUCCUAACCUCCAGGCCUAUCUUCAAGGCAACACCCAGGCCUCUCGAAAGAAGCUGCUGCCUGUGCUCCAGGAAGCCCUCUCCGCAUAUCUUGACUCAACAAAGAUGCCUUCGGGGCAGUCUGAGGUAGUAGUGGGUGUGUCUAGGGAGCAGGUGGACAAGGAAUUGGACAGGGCGAGUAACUCCUUGAUUUCUGGACUGAGUCAAGAUGAGGAAGACCCUCCGCUGCCACCCACGCCCAUGAACAGCUUGGUGGAUGAGUGCCCUCUGGAUCAGGGGUUGCCUAAGCUCUCUGCUGAGGCUGUCUUUGAGAAGUGCAGUCAGAUCUCACUAUCCCAGUCAACCAGAGCCUGCUCAUCAAAUAAGUGACCAUUGGAAGCAGGGUGGGAGGUGUGGAGGAGGUGACCAGCCUGCCUCAAAUGCAUGCUUUGAGAUGUUUGACCACUUCAGCAACUAUGUCCACGGCUCCAGGAGCGGGUGUGCUGUUCUCGUAACAGUGGGAGGGCAAUGAAAGCAACUGCUGUGAGGACAGCCGUCUGCCUUCCCUCCUGUCUCUACCAGUCAGACGCGGUUUAUUUAAUUUUAUUAUUUAAUCUGCACUGAGCUUCCUCUGUUUGGUGGGUACAGUGUAAUAGGACCACUGUCCUGACAGAGCAGGACAAAAGGAAUGUAGACCCCAUCUCAGUGUCUUCAGAAGGACCGGAAACAGACAGACAGCAUCUGCCAUGAAACCAAUUCACUGCUCGUCUCCAUGAAUUGACCUUUUCAAUUUUUUUAAAGUUCUUUUUGAGACAGAGCCUCAUGUAGCCCAGGCUGGCCUUGAGCUCUGUAUGUAUCUGAGGCUAGUCUUGAAUUCCUAAUCCCCUUGAGUGCUGAACUGUCAAGCACUACUGUUACACCUGGCGAGUGUCUUGUCUUGAACAGAUGUCUGAUUUCCUGUAUCUUUGGCUCCUUCUGUCCCAGAGUCACGGGACCCACACAGGACCUGAGGACUGAGGUUCUCGCCUUCUCCUGGCACCCAGGCUGGCUAUGGGACCUCAUGGGCAUGUUUGCCAACUGAGCCCUGGAUAUCCCAUCUUAGUGGGUCUGGCAAGGUCUUGUCAGUCUUUUUCUGGUUUUGCUCAUAUUGAAGACUUCGUGGAGUGUCUUCUGGUGAGACACCUGCUGUCCUGAGUCUCAUUUCCCCAUCUAACUGAGGUUGGGAGGGAUGUGCCCUGAUGUUCUGGGUCUCAUUUCUUCAUCUGUAACAGGUUGGGAGGGAAUGUGCCCCAGUGGUCUGUGACCUGCUCUUCCUCCUGUUCUUUCUCUCCUCUCCGUCCAUGUUAUUUUUUCUUUUGUCUUCCCUGGGAGUGCUCAGGGUCACUGGAUUGUUUCGUGUUUAUGUGUGAGUGUACCAAGGAACUUAGCCUCAUGUAGCAUGUACAGGUUGUAAUGGUGACCCAGCAGCGAGCUCUCUCCCAGUGACUGGUUCUGCAUGUGUAGUCACUCCUCCUCUCCCCUCCCCCGCUCCCCUCCCCUCCCCUCCCGCCCCUCUUUUUUCAAACCAAGCUGUUUCCCCUGUUCUUACCCCAUAUAAGUUGCAAACAGUAUUGCUGAACAGUAGGGUGUGUGGUGGUUUGGGGCAGUCUGACUUCACUUUAGGGUAUGACGUCUAUAGCCAAUGGGAACGUGAAAUAUUGGUGCGAUCACUGAACCAAAGGGAUUGUGUUCUGUGACUUUGGUACUUUGUUUUGCAUUUUUGUUUCAUAAUAAAUACUUUCUUCCUGUUUGA